UUGAUUAUAUUCUUUUAGCAAAUUCUUCAAAAACGCGGGAAACAAAAAUGGCGUCCAAAAGAGUUAUGUACAGACCUGCACCACAAGAAAACGUUGGUCAACGUAGAAACAGGAAACCAUUAUCACAAGGACGUCUGUUAUCUGGAGAUGCUGCUAAAACAAAGCCUGCACAUCUUGUCAGUGGAGUUGAAGAAAAAAAUUCCAUCAUUAAGAAACCACAGAGUCCAUACACAAGCUUUGUAUCAGAGAAGAAUAGUACAGCAGUGAAUCCAAGAAAGUUAGCACCAGGACUUAUAGAAAAACAUUCACCACACAGAAAAGAAAAAGCUGAUUCCCUCGAUUUAUCUGACAGUGAUGAGGAUUUACCUGAUCAUUACAAGUCAAAAGACACAAGAGUUCACAAACAACUACCAUCAGAAGUUUUAUUGGUUGAUGCCUCACGACAGACCAAAGAUCCCAACCAAUCAGAGGUAGACAUUAUGGUGGGCUUUGAAAGGUCUCCUGUCAGGGUGGUGUGUCAUUCUUUAGAUAAAGUCAACUCUGACCUCAGAUCAUCUAAAAGUAAAUCAGUUAAAGUAGACAGUAUGAACACCAUUAAGAUAACAAAAGAACUCCCUCAGAUCAAUGUGGAUAAGUUAAGCCCUGGUGAGCCAUGCCGAUCGGUAGAUAAUUUUAAUCUCCUAACACAGAUAGAAAAAGAUAUGCGAAUCAACAGAUUACCUCAGCCAAACUUUGAUGAUUCACAAGAUUCUGACAUGUCUGAAAAACCUGUAGUAGACGACAAUCAUUCCGUUCAUAGUGAAAGUGAUGCAUGUUCUGUUCAAGAUUUAGUCACAUCUAAAACAAAGGGCAAUAUCAGAAAGAAAAGCGCACCAGCGAAGAAAAAGUCUCCAUUACCAAUUAAAACACCACAGACAGCAAAGAAAAAAUCUAGUCGAGUAGUUGCAUCAAGGUAUUUACAAGCUGCAGAUGCUAAAGUUAAAACCUCACUAUCAGUAUUACAUCCAAAGCCAACAAGGCCAGACAGGAGCAUCUCAAAGGCCAGUAGAAGUAUGGAUUUUGCUCCAAAAUCUGCAAGGAAAAUAUCACGCAAAACCAAAGAUACAUCUAUAGAUUUUUCCCCAAGAACAGUCCAAAAACCAAAGCUAUCCAGUCGUGAUUCAGGAACCAGUCAGAGUAAAGGCAAAGUAACAGAGAUGGGGACCAGUAUGAAUAAUAAUGGAGUAUCUCCACAGACACCAGACAACUCCCACAUGACAACUGGAGGACAGACAUCAACGCCUACACAUGAUGGGUCAGACUUCCCUAAUGAGAUUGAUGCUUCAGCAAUACAUCCAGAAAUAUCCGUUUUAUCUACUGGUUUAAGGAAAUCAGUAUGGCGGGAAGGCUCCAGAAUCAAUCAUUCUGUAUUGUCUAAUGUAUCUACACAUCUGCCACCUAAGAAAAAGAAACAAGCCAAACUAACACAACAUCAGUUAGACAUGUUGUAUGCUAGAUAUAUUCAAUCAUUGUACUUGUCUACCAAAGCAAAAAAAGUACGGGAAGAACAAGAAAAACAAGCUAUGGCUCAGAUCUUAGGUAUAUAUACAGAGGUAGAAAAACUGCAGAAGAAGAAUCAUGAAAUGGAUAAAGAAUUAAUGAGAUUAAAACAUCUAAAUGAAGUUGAUGUGCAGAUUGAUUUGCAGAGACAGUCAUUAGGUCCUAUUGUAUCCAGUCUGCCACAGCUAACAAAGGAGUAUGAUACCUUAGCACAUGCCCUGGAUACCACACGACAUCAGAUACCAACAAAAGGGGUGUAUAUCCCUGACGAUGAAGACCAGUACCAAAGAGAUUUAGAACAUUCUUUACUGGAGAGUGAACAGUUGUUAGGAGAGUUGUCUGUGAUGAUACGUAAAGAUCUACCGAGUGUCAGUGCUAUGGCUCACGCUUUGUCAACAAUGGAGAAAGCUACAGAAAGCCAGGUGGAAGAACUAGUCAGGUGUAAUGAGAUGAUUGCAGCUACACAAAGUUUAACAAUACAGGAAACAUCAAUGAAGAUUCAGGCAAUACAGUCGAAAGAGAUUGGUGCUUCAUGAUAUCCUAAUGGAAGAAUAUAAACUUAGCAAUGACAAUUCUGUUAAUGCAAUCUUAAAUGAUUUACUGAACUUCUCUAAUAGACAGUAGGCUGCCAGAACUGAGAAAGUAGACAUGGACACUGAUUUUAGACAAGUGACAAAGAAAUCUAGAUUUUAAACUAUUUAUUAAUGAAGAGUCUGUGAUAUUAUGAACAAUCAUAUAAAUAAUAGAAUUAGAUAACCUAUUAUAAA